CCGGAUUUCGAACUCAACUUCCUGCAUUUCAAUAGUUUAUGGGUGUACCAACAGAGCUAAGGCGGUCAAUUGGAGGGUGUAGUUUUUGCGACCCUGUAGAGGUCGCUACAUUCUCCUGGUUCCACUUUCCGCGGAUUCCUGAAGGUCAAUCAAAGACUUUGGAGCUUUGGGAGUUCUCACUGGAAGAGCCAUCUCAACAGAUGAGUCUGCUUCUCCGGUUUCCAGAGCCGUUGAUUCCGUUUGUUGGAGAUGCAGGGUAUCAGGUUCAUAGGAAGGACAGGGGGAUGUUGUAUGUGCUCACAGAGGCAGGCAUAGUGUUUCGUAUCAAAGUGCCUGUACCAUGCAGAGCUCUUGAUGGCCGUAUAAGCCUGGGCCUUGGCAAGAUGAGGCAGGAAGAUAUCCAGGAGUACGACCUUUUCUCCGACAUUGUGAAACUGGAUGGAGUGGCAGCAACUGCCGGCAGCGGCAACCUGCUGGUAAUGGGUGGUCAGAAUGGCUCGGUCUUGUGUUUCCAAUUUGGGACGCAACAGCAAGCACGUGCCUUAGAGGUGGUAUUUGAACUCAAAGAGGGUGAAGGAGGAAUCCGACGGCUGUGGGCUGGCGUCCUGAACAGGGGAAGAACAAUCAGUCCACCUCGUGACAUUUUCGUUCGGCAUUUCCGGGGCUCCGUAUUCGUAUUUGUGUUCCAUGAGGAUGGAAUGGUUCGCAUUUGGGACGUUCAUCGCCGUACUCGAGUGCAUUGCCAGACUCUCUCUCUGCCCGAUGUAGCAGACUGCAUUCCUUUGCGGCUGUUUUUCGGUGAAGUUGAUGAAGGCUCAAGCGAGCUUCUGCUUACAGUUGUAUAUCGAGACAUUUCUCAGACAGAUGGGGACACCGGGGCACUGCCACGACGCAGUGCCAGAAUCGCAGUUCGUGCCCGCCCUGCAGUACCUCCAAGACCGAAGAAACUCAGCAGGCGGACGACUCCAGCAGCAUCAAGUAUGACAUUGACGGUACAAGACGCCACCGGAGAUCAUCCCGCAUACCCAGUCCGAGGAGCCAAUGAGCCAGCGGCUGAUUAUCGUGGGCGGCUACUGGCAUUUACGGAAGCCGUAGCUGCCGUCGAGGCCCGGAAGGAGACAGCAGAGGCAGAACGUCAGCGGCUAGCCAAUGAAGCGGCAGCCGAAGCUCAGCGAACGACUGAGACUGACGCAGAGACACGAGACAGACGGAAUGCCAGCAGCACAGAGUCCUUGAUUGCUUGUGAGCAUCAGUGGACGACGAUACUCCAAGGCAUGAUCUUUGAGCCUACGGAAGCGCAGGCAGACCCGACACCGGCGGAGGCAGAGAGAAGUAACCUGGCUAACUUGCUGCUGGGCAUGAUGAGAGGUAUUAUGUGGAAUAAUACACUGCUGCAUUCACAUCUGCGCACGGACGCGACGCAGCGACAAACAUACAAGAACGAUAUGACUGCUACUUUCAACGGACCAGACUCGAUCAGCAGCACGGUGGCUGCCAUCAAGACGGACAUCACCAAGCUACAGACGAGACCGGACGCCGCUACAAAGACGUUCAAGAUGCCGCACUUCGACAUCAGCAAGUUCGACGAUUACAACAAGUCGGACGCCUUGUCAUGGUGGCAACGCUUCCUCACGGAAGCAUCAUGCCGCAUGGUCCCGGUGGACGACAUGUUGAAGGCAGUAUAUCUGCAGCUGAUUGGAGGAGCGCAGGGAUGGAUGAACCACCUAGCGGCUACACACAAGUGCACUAUCGCCGAACUCCACACRCACAUUACGUGGAAGGAGUUCGAGCAGCUAUGGUUCACCAGAUUCAUGGUUCGCAACGUCGUGAAGAUGGCCAUAAACGAGGUCUACACAUGCUCUCAAGGGAACAUGCCAACGCGAGACUGGGCAUCAAAAUGGCAGAAGAUAGUGACCACGCCAGGCUUCGACUUGACGUUCCCUAAUCAACGAUCCGAGUUCUUCUCGAGAUCGUGCGCAGGAUUGCGGUCGGCACUCGGCAACGAGUACGACUAUACUACGUUCCAGGCCAUUCUGGAUAGAACGAACUUAGUCAUCCAAACGGACGACAAGGCCGCUAACGAGAGGUAAUCCCAGCCGCAUUAUGUGGCUAAACAGGCCUAUCAACGUCU